GCGAGGAACCCGCCAGCUGCCCUCUCUCUCCAGAUGACCAGUGGCAGGAUAACAUGGAGUUGGGCAAGAUGGCGCCUCCCAAGAACGUUCCGAGAGAUGCCUUGGUGAUGGCACAGAUCCUGAAGGAUAUGGGAAUUACGGAGUACGAACCAAGGGUUAUAAAUCAAAUGUUGGAAUUUGCUUUCCGAUAUGUGACUUCAAUUCUGGAUGAUGCAAAAAUUUAUUCAAGCCAUGCUAAGAAACCUAAUGUUGAUGCAGAUGAUGUGAGACUGGCAAUCCAGUGUCGGGCUGACCAGUCUUUUACCUCUCCUCCCCCGAGAGAUUUUUUACUGGAUAUUGCAAGGCAGAAAAAUCAAACCCCUUUACCACUGAUUAAGCCAUAUGCAGGACCCAGACUGCCACCUGACAGAUACUGCUUAACAGCUCCAAACUACAGGCUAAAGUCCUUAAUUAAAAAGGGACCUAACCAAGGAAGACUAGUUCCACGGUUAAGUGUUGGUGCUGUUAGUAGCAGACCUACCACUCCUACUAUAGCAACCCCACAAACAGUGUCUGUCCCAAAUAAAGUUGCACCUCCAGUGUCAGUGACAAGCCAAAGAUUUACAGUGCAGAUUCCACCUUCUCAGUCCACACCUGUCAAACCAGUUCCUGCAACAACUGCAGUUCAAAAUGUUCUGCUUAAUCCUUCAAUGAUUGGGCCCAAAAAUAUUCUUAUUACCACCAACAUGGUUUCAUCACAGAACACGGCCAAUGAAUCAAACCCAUUGAAGAGAAAACAUGAAGAUGAUGAUGACAGUGGUACUGUGUAAGGAAUAUAGUGUAGUCUCUAUGCAUUUCAAAAGUGUAGUUGGUUUUGAGCCCAGUAUACUGAACUAGAACAUUCUUGAUCAAAAACUUAAAUGUAGCUGCAAUAUCUUUCACCUUAGUUUAAACUGUUAAGAUUUCUUAAGGGUACCAAUGUUUUUUUUAUUAGGCUUCAAGUAUAAAAAGUUAAGUGCUUGGUUUUUAAUGGUUUCAUUAAUGUUGAGUCCUGCUACGGUAAUUCUAUUUUUGGAAGCAGUUUUCUGCAGUGUAUGUGACAGCAGCACUUCAGUUUCAGUUUCUACAGCCUCAUUAGUGGACUAAUCUUUAACAGCAUAAUUUCUAAUCUAUAUUUAAAUACUUUUUUGUAAGGUAAAAUAGUUUUAUUGUCACCAACUUUUUUGACCAAAUCUCAAUUUAGCAAAUAUUUUUGGAGAGGAUGGAUUUAGAGGGAUUCUAAAUCCAUUUUGAAUAUAUUUAAGCUGUUCCUUGAUGUUCCCUAAUCUCUGACCUCCUCAGCCCCAUUUCUAGAUCCCAUUCAUUUUCUGCACCACCUUCUCCCCACAGGCUUAGGUUUCUCCCUAAGGAGAAGGUUUCUCUCCUUAGGUUGCUCUUAAAUUUAAAAGGCCAAAACUGGAAUUUUAGGAAUAUAAUUCCUGAUAAUACAGCUGAGUGUCAUUUUCAUAUUUUUAAAACCUGCUUUACAUGCCUGAUGAUCUAUGGUUUGCAUUUACUGUUUUUCUUUGCAUACCAGAGCAGUUGUGUUUUAUCCCUUGCCUUUUAUGCCUAUUGAGCAUUACUCUGCUUUUGACAGGUAGUUUUGGGUCAGUUACAUUCAGUUUCAAUUUUAUAUUCCAAGUUGAUAGCGCCACCAUAUUUCACAUUUCAAAAUUUAACACAAAAGAUGCUAUAGCUUAAAAUCUUCCUUGAUAAGUAUAUUUACACUGGACCUAGGCAAACCACUGAAGAGCAAGUGUUUUCUUCCUUUUUACCAUACACAUACAUACUUUGAUCACUACUGCUUGAACCCUCCUAUUGGUCUAAUUCAGAUCAUUUUUGCAGAUUGUUGCUGAGGAUGUCACACGUAAGAUGGGAUCAUCUUUCUAAUGAAAGUUUUCUAAUGGUUUUCCUUCCUCUAGAAGGCCAACACAAACAAAUUAGUGUGAUGUGACUUGCAUUUAGGUGCACUCUGCAUAGGCUUCCCAGUAGUGUUGCUAAACACCUUUCCCUAUUUUCCAUUUAUACACAUCUAAACAUCUUAUUGAGGAAGACUGCAAAGCUUUCAAAAUAUAAAGUCUUGUGUUGCUUUGUUUGACAUUCAACAUACGAAUACUUUUGAAGAAUUUCUAAAAUAAAUUUUGAUAUCAUAAUUUAAAACUUAUAGCCAAGGAUCCUCAAAACUUAAAACACAAGUAAGUUUCAUCUUAGGAUGGUGCUUGAUACAUCAAAGAGAAAUAGUCCAGUAACAAGGAAGAAAUAUCUCAUGAAAACUGUGAUUCAGUGUUUUUGGAUAUUAGGAAAAGAUGGUAUCAAACUUAUAAAAAUAGAUCUGAUCAUCAUAGGAGAGAAAUGUUCAUUAUAUAGCAUAGGAUGUCAUUACUUGAACGUUCUCAGGGAGGCAUGUCAAAAGACCUAGGUUCUAGUCCUGGCUCCAUCACUAACUGUGUGACCUUACUUCACCCAUGAGCCUUGUUUUCCUCAUUAGUAAUAGGAAAGUAAUACCAACCCUGCCUACCUCACAGGGAUGUUGUGAGGGUUUAAUUGGUAUAUGUGAAAGUUCUUUCAGAACUGUAAAAAUGCUAUAUAACUCUAAGGAAUUGUUAAUGUAUUCAUUCCAAGAUUAUUAAUAAA